CUGUCUUCAUCCGCCAUUUGACAUAGGUCCUCUCGAGUGGACGUUAAAAACGUUUGGUUUUUCUUCUGCAAGCUCAAAAUGGUGGCAUUUUGUUAUCGUCAAGUAAAACACAACAACUAUUUUCAGAAUGGUGUAGCUAGCUCGGUCUGAUUGUUCUUUUACAGAUGAAAUUGGACACCGCCGAUGCUUCUGCGUCUGUGUCCUCUGAAGCUGUGCCGCGGAUUGAUACUCUAGUGUUGCCGACAAUGUGGAGGUUGUUAAAAUGUCUACUUUGGAAAUGAAAUGGUUAUAUUUUCUCUAACAGUUAAGGAGACCGGAGUGACACAAGGCUUAUGGUUGUUGUCGGAGUCGUGAUAUCAAUUUGGAGACGAAAACGAUAAGGAGACGAGGCGGCGGAGGAGUAGGUUCAUUUCGCCUUUCCUCAUCCACACCAAGCCCACGGUCCGGAGGACCACGGGGGAAGGAUCCGAUCCCUAACUUUGUUUUUCCUCUCUCCACUCGAGUCGUCGUUUUUCUCUCCAUUUGAUGCCACACUAUCAGAAACAGUUGCCUGUUGAGAUUGAAAGGGCCAAGUGAAUAGCAGCAAAGAAUGGCUGCAGUGGAAACAGACAAGGAGCUCAGCGACUUGCUGGAUUUUACUGCGAUGUUUGAACUUCCAGUUUCAAAUGGCAAGAACCGGCCAACAACUCUUGCCAGCAGUCAGUUUGGAGGAUCAGGUAUUGAUGAGAGGAAUGGGUCCAGUUCCUGGGGUCCAGGAGAACAGAACAGUCCAUCCUUUCACCAGGGAAGGGGUUAUGUGGAAGAAGGCCUUUACAACAAACAAGAGGGUAUGCACUCUGCCCCCAUGUUUGGAUCAGGGAUUGUUGGGAAAGCUGAGAGAGGACCGUACUCGUCAUUUGCACAGCCUGGAUUUCUGCCCAGUGAGAUUCCUAUACCCAGUCCUGAUCCCCUCUCCCCAUCUGGCAUGAAGACCAACUCUCAAUUUUAUCCUUCAUAUGACGGGGCAAACCCUCGCAGGAGACCCGCACAAGAUCCUAUGGAAUCACAGGCAAAAAAGAUUAGGAAGGUGCCCCCUGGCUUGCCCUCCUCAGUUUAUGCAUCAGCCUCUGGAGAGGACUUUAACAGGGACAAUCCUGGCUACCCAGGCUCCAAGGCAGGAAACUACCCAGCACCAUUCUAUAUGCAAGAGGGCAUGCACCAUCCCUCUGAUCCAUGGGGCUCUGCCAGGCCCAUGGUUCAGCCUGUCUAUUCUCCAAUGAUGGGUAACUCCCCCCAUUUGAACCAGCACGGCCCGUACUCUGCCAUCAACCCUCAAGACAGACAGAAACGGCAGCCACUGCCCCUGUCUCCUCAGAAUUACCCCCUACACGGGAGUGAGGUGAAUGGGUCCCAUCCUGCUGGUUUCCACUCUGGCUCCAGCAGCUUUGGUGUCUCCAACCACACACCACCUAUUAGUGGAAGUGACACCAUAAUGGCCAAUAUAGGAGCAAUACACAGGAGUUCAGGAGACGAGAUCGGAGAGGCCCUGGCAUCUAUCUAUACUUCAGACCUGAGCGGUAAUAACUACCCUCCAUCCCCAUCGACUCCCUCCAGUUCACCUCAGGCUGUAACGGGCUCAGCAUCUCAGUGGGCUCGCUCCGCUGGUCAGGCCACACCCUCCCCUAACUUUGAUGGAAUUCAAUCCAUGGCAAGUAAAAUGGAGGAUCACCUGGACGAGGCCCUCAAUGUCCUUCAGCGCCACGCCAGUGGGCAAGGUACUGGGUCAGGUUUGAAUGAAAUCCACAGUCGGCUUGUCUCUGGCUUGGCACUUCCUCCAGGUUUCACCAAUGCAGCGCUUGGAGUCAGCAGUCGUCUCACUAAUCUGGUAUCCAAUCACCACGAGGACUCUGUUGGUCUGCCCUCUAGUGGAGGAAUUUUGCAUAGACACCACAGUUCCACAUCUGUGCAGCAAAGCCCUCAACACGAAGGCUUCACCGGUCUGCCUGGCAGUCUGAGUCGCUCCACUGGUGCAGACAUUAAACAGGAGAAGGAUGAGGAGGAGGAAAACUGCUCAGUUACCGAUAAGUCGGAGGAUGAGAGGAAGGACUUGAAACCUCGUCUUCAAACAAGUUGCAGCAUUGUCUCAGUGACUGAUGAGAACCUGACUGCAGAAGAAAAGGAGCAGAGAGAGCGAGAGCGCCGCCUAGCCAACAACGCUAGGGAGAGGAUUCGUGUCCGCGAUAUUAACGAAGCCUUCAGAGAGCUGGGCAGGAUGUGUCAGGUCCACCUGCAAAGUGACAAAGCCCAGACAAAGCUUGUCAUCCUGCAGCAGGCAGUGCAGGUCAUCCUGGGCCUGGAGCAGCAGGUGCGAGAGCGUAAUUUGAAUCCAAAGUCUGCAUGCCUCAAGAGGAGAGAGGAGGAGAAGGUGUCGGGUGUGGACCCCCAGAUGCAGCUUGGAGGAGGUCACCCAGGUUUAGGCGGAGAUGGACACAACCCCGUGAGCCAUAUGUGAUUCUCUGGUCCUUUCGAUUGUACAGCCCCUAGAACAUGUGGCCUUAAUUUAUCCUCUUGCAUCUCAGUGUGUGCUUAUCAUCAUCACACACCUACGCAAACACAAACACACACAUGGUCACAGAUAAAGCAGGUUGGCCACAUUCCAGACAGAGAAGAGUAGAACCAUACUUUCACAUAAGAGAAAGAAAAAAACAUGCGUACUCAUCAUACUACAGUACUGUGAACCAAGGACACAGGACACUGAUACCAGUCAAAACAGACUAUUUUGUCUGUGUUGUUUCCAGAGACAGUUUUAAAGGAAAAUUAAUCUCUUUACAUGUUGGGAGCAAAACUCUUUUGGAUCAAGUGAAUAAUAUAUGGAUCAAGUGCUCGAGUGAGCGAUUAAGGUUUAAAUAAUAGAAUAAUCAUUGGCAUUCCCUUCUGAAAAGGUCUUACGUUCUGCAGAAACAAGGACAGAGUUUAUGUUUAGCCUGAACAAAUACCCCUGUAAUGAAGUGUAUCAUUAUAUAGAAAAGUCACCACUUCUAUUCUUAGGUAAAUUGAAGCCACCGACUGAGUCAGUAACGGAGCUGACUUCUCUUUUUCAUCUGCGCUGGUAAUCGAAGCUGUUUUCUAGCAGUUUUUCUUUCUUUCUUUGGCUUAAAAGAUGCCACAGCCAUUCACCCACACAUGUGGUGGAAUUAUUUUUAAAUUGUGGGUCCUGGUUCUUAUGUCUGUUACCGUCACUGCCGUGCAAGUGGAAAGGAAAGACCCACGGCCCUCUGUUAAAUGUAGGUAAAGAGACUCAUAACAUAAAAAAAGAUCCCGGUGAUGUGGACCUGGACGUAGGUGGACGUCGCAGCCUCCGCUCUGUGAGGCGAUCUAGGAGGAAUUUUUUUUUUUAAAGCACACGUGUCAUCCUCACAUCCUAAAGCGUCAUCGGUCACUCUGAUGAAUCUAAGCCGUGCCCGACUUCACGCGGCAAAGUGAGAACACACUGUUACCGAACGCUGAACUUUGCUCUUCUUCUCCGAGGACAGAAGAUCCGAUCAUUGAUGGAGUUCACUGUUACCUUCGUCAUUGACUUAUUGCUUCUGUUAGUUGCUCUUCGUCGAUCCUCUAAGGUUUCACGUUGUUUAUUCCCCUAUUUUGAACAAUUGCAAACUUUGUUGGGUCUUCCUUUUGUAGAAUUGAUUCAACAUUAUUUUUUUUAUUUUGUAAGAUAGAUGAGUUUUGUUUGAUCGUAUGGAUUGCUUUUUUUCUUUUUUGUUUACAUUGGUAAAAUGUAAGAUUAUUCUCAGUUUAGAUUCCAGGAACAAAGUGAGGUGUUUUUGUUUGUUUGUUUGUUUUUUUGUUUGUGCCAGGUGCUUAGAAAUGUUAGAAAUGACAAAAAUGAUCUGGCUGUAAGAUCACAUGUUGUGAUUUGAUCUUUUUUCUUAAUGUCUGGACCCAAACAAUUUAAGGCCAGUUGUAACUGAAUGGAUCAGGUGUUUUUGGAACGUUUUUUAUUUGAAUAAAAUGCAGCAGUUUAUCUUGGGUAUACCUCCCUGUCUUCUCCCCAAUCUCAGCUUGUUGACAGGCAGGCUGCUCAGUUUGAAGAUGAGGCAGAGGAAACAGGUCUACAACAUUACAAUCUGCAACGUAAUUCACAGUUUCUUUAUUAGAUGAAGCAUAUGAAUCAAAAAGGGUGGCCUUAGUCAUUUUCCCGGUUUGGGGAAAUUUUGAUAAUGGUUACUUAUCAGUGCCUGAAUUCUUCUUUGCUACAUGGUGAAUGAUGUUGCAUAUAAGGAUUUACAUGUUGUACUUUUUUUUUAUAAUACAGGUGUAUAAAACACAUGUACUUCAAUAAGGAGUGUCUAAGAACAUCUAGUUAGCGAGUUCCAGUUUCAUAUGUGACUGGUCCAUAACAUGACAAUGAACUUAAAACUUUUUAAUCCUUAUGUAUGGAUUUUGUUGAAUAUAAUUUUGUCCCUGACUGGAAGUUGCAUUAAGUAUAUAUGUACAGCUCUACGAUGUGUUAUUAUCAGCUCUGUAAUUCUCAGCUGAUUUGUGACAGUAUUUGGUUAACCUACACUCUUCAUUUCUUUGAAAGUCUUGGCCCACGGGUUAGCCCAAAACUUCUUCUCUGUCCGAUCGUCACCUUGUUCAUUGGGGAACUUUGGUGUUCGGUGUGAUAUGAAAAUGUCAGUACUGAGGAUGUGUGAAUUUGAAACAUGAAAGAUGUUUGUCUGCAGUAUCCCAGUUUUGAAAGAUGCACCUGAUAUUUCUUAACCAACACUUUUUCCUCCAACAGAUGCCCUGCAACAUUUAUGUCUUCACUCAUGUUUGGGGACAAUGUCUUAUGUAGGAUAUGUCCUCAAAGUGCCUCCAGUUUCCUAUUUUUUUAUAUAUAGUAGAUUCAGAGGACUGUUGUGUCUAUAACAGUAAUGUAGCAAUAAAUGUGCCAUUUCUAAUAAUAA